UCAAAAUUCAGAAAUAAUAGAAAUACUCCCUGGGAAAGCUGAUACAAUAAAUAAGGAUCAGUUGCAAGAACUUUUGAAAGAUUUAAGAGUCUCUUUCACUCAAGUUGCAAUCACAAUUGCUAGUUCUAGAGGAGAAGAAAAAAAGGAGCUGACCCAUUGGAAAAGUGAAGAAAAACGCCGUGAGCCACAAAAGACAUUAUGUGUUAUACUUGUGGCAAAGUUGGCCAUAUAUCCCAGUACUAUAUAUCAGAAAAAGUACCAAAAAAGGACAACAAUGAAAAGAGAGAAAAAAGAUAACAGCCCUAUGAAGGAAACAGUAAAAAAAUGGCUUAAGCCCAACCCAAAACUCGAUGGAAAACCCACCUGA